CGCGCGCGCGCGUCCUCGUGAUAUUUGCACAGUCAUGGCGCUGGAAUCCCUCCCCGCCUCGCCGACUGUCACAACUGCUCCCGCGUCGGACGUCUUCUUCCUCUUCGAUGGAGAACCUCCGAACUCACGCCAAACGCGCUCGAAAGCGUCUUUCGUUUUUGUGACACAAAUAUUGGCAACAGACGAAAAGAUAUUCCCCCAUAUUCCCACUUAAAAGCGAGACUUCGGAGGACUUUCUCGUCGUCUGGAAGGAGGCGAGCAGAUGUACGACGGGAGGUUGCUCGAGGAUUACCACGGCAAAGCCAAAGGAUUCCAAAUUGGGACGUCUCAUAGCUAACACCAGGCGCGUCUGAUUGGAUCACAUUCUGGACUAUUGACAGGUGGGCCUGGGAUUUCCUCCUGUCAGCCAUGUUGAAGCGAGAAGAAGGAGUCACCGUCAGGCCGGCAUCAGCGGAUUUGAACUCGAGCGUCGGCAGAGAACAACGGGAGCUUUCAGACGUCAGUGAAUCAAAGACACAAAGACUUAUGGGAUAAAUUCGGUGAACUCCAAUCCCACAAUGCACUGCUCGCUGAGGAAGAAGCCGCCCACGCGGGGCUCGGACUUCUCGGCCAUCGCCGUGCCCUCCAUGCACGGCUCGGGGUACCUGGACUACACGGUGGAGAGUCACGCCUCCAAGUCGCUGAAGAUCAUGGACGAGUUCAGGAGACAGGAGAUGCUGUGCGACCUGGUGCUCCGCGUUACCAACAAGGACAGAAGCAUGGACUUUAAGGUGCACAAGCUGGUGCUGGCCUCGUGCAGCCCUUACUUCCGGGCCAUGUUCACCAGCAGUUUCAAGGAGCGCCAGGCGUCCGAGGUCACCCUGAGCGAUGUCUGCCCCCAAGUGCUGGGGAGGCUCAUCGACUUCGCUUACACGUCGCACAUCAUCGUGGGCGAAAAGUGCGUGCUGCACUUGCUCUUGGCCGCGAUGAGGUUCCAGAUGGAGGACGUGGCCAAGGCGUGCUGCGACUUCCUCACCAAGCACCUGGAGUCGUCCAACGUCAUCGGCAUCACCCGCUUCGCCGAGGAGCUCGGCUGCGCCGACCUGUACCAGCGUGGGCGCGAGUACAUCAACACGCACUUCAGCGAGGUGACGAAAGAAGACGAGUUCUUCAGUCUGUCUCACUGCCAGCUGCUGGAACUCAUCAGUCAGGACAGCAUCAAGGUGCUCUGCGAGUCCGAGGUUUACAAAGCAUGUACGGACUGGGUGCGCUGGGACGUGGAGAAUCGGGCCCAGUACCUUCACGCCCUCCUGAACGCGGUCAACAUUUACGCCCUUCCGCCCAAGUUCCUCAAAAACCAGCUUCUGUCCUGCCCCCUCCUCAGCAAGGCCAACGCUUGUAAGGACUUCCUGUCGAAAAUCUUCCAGGAUAUGGCGCUGAGGAAGGUUCCUCCAGCACCCAUACGUGGAACCCAACUCAUCUAUGUGGCCGGCGGCUACAGACAGCAUUCCCUGGCAACCACGGAGGCUUACGACCCCUUCCGAAAAGUGUGGCUCAAGCUCGCCGACAUGCCGGCUCCCAGCAGCGGCCUCGGGGCUUGCACGCUCUUCGGCCUGCUCUACACGGUGGGCGGCAGGAACCUGUCGCUGGAGUGCAUCACCGACUCCAGCGCUUUAUGCUGCUACAACCCUAUGACCAACCAGUGGAGCCAGCGCGCGUCCCUCAACGUGCCCCGCAACCGGGUGGGGGUGGGCGUGGUGGACGGCUGCAUCUACGCCGUGGGGGGCUCGCAGGGCUCCACGCUGCACAACACCGUGGAGCGGUGGGAGCCCGAUACCAAUCGUUGGUCCUUGGUGUGCCCCAUGCUGGUAGCCCGCCUGGGGGCCGGGGUGGCGGCCUCCGGGGGGACGCUCUACGUGGUGGGGGGUCUGGAUGGCCAGAGCCGAUCCAGCGCGGCGGAGAAAUACCAACCGGACACUAACACCUGGCAUCAGCUGGCGCCCAUGAGCACUGCACGCAGCGGACUGGGCCUCGUGUGCGUCAACGCUCACCUGUAUGCCAUCGGCGGCUACGACGGCUCCAACCAGCUGGCCACGGUGGAGCGCUACAACAUAGCCCGGAACACGUGGGAGCCCCGGGCGUCCAUGCAGUGCUGCCGGAGCACGCACGGCGUGGCUGUGCACCAGGGGUGCAUCUUUGUCUUAGGAGGUUUCCACCAGCAUGACUUCGUGUCCAGCGUGGAGCGCUACUGCCCGGAGAGGGACGAAUGGACGUACGUAAGUGACAUGUCGCUGGGGCGCAGCGGCAUGGGCGUGGCCGUUACCAUGGAGCCGUGUCCCGCCAGCCUGCCCCCGGAGCAGGACGACGACGACGACGACGGCGGCUGACGACCCGCCACUGGUGGACGCUUUUGCAAAUGGACGCCUCGGACAAACAUGUGGAUUAUUGCAGGUGGACUUUUUAUUUUUUAUUUUCAUUUUUUUAAACCGUGAACUCACGACCGGCAAGGUGCUACAGCAACUAACGUGGUGCCUCGAGAUACGAAUUUAAUUUGUUAAAUGACCACGCUCAUCUCAAAAUGUUUUUUCUGCAUUGAAAUAAAUGAAAAUGCCAUUAAUCUGUUCCAGCCUAAGUUUAAAAAAAAAAAAAAAAAACAAAGUACCACUCCAUAACAUAGUACCAUAUAAAAACAUACAUUAGUGACUUAAUUGAAUACAAAUAAAUAGAACUAAACAGUUACAGUCACACUUGGCAUCAGUUUGAAUGACUAUUGUGCUGGUGGCAAUGAAAGUUGGACAAAUGGGUAUGGUGUACGUGUACAUCUGUACCGUAUCGUCGGCUCAGCUCAUCGCAGAGGAUAAAGAAUGUAUGACUGUG